UAAAAGUUCAUUGGUGGAAUUUCUUUACCUCUUAAUGCUUUUGAGCCAAUCAGUUGGGUAGGGAUUGUAUACAGAAUUGUAUACAGAAGAUAGCCCUAUUUGGUAAAAGACCAAGUCCAUAUUAUGGCAAGAACAGCUCAAAUAAGCAUUCUUCUCUCUCUACCCCCCAUAUAUCACCACAUGGUCUUUCACACCUCCCAGCCCUUCUCAGCAGAGAGGAAGUGUCCCUGUGUGGAGAGAAGAGGCUGGGUAGACAGGCGAUAAGUCAUUAAAGAGUUUAGAGAGAGGAAGUGAAUGAAAACAAGUGAUCGAAUACAUUGAGAUGGAACACACCUGUUUUCUACUCUUGCUGUUCAGUACACUGGUAUACUCUGGCCUCGGUCAUGAUGGAGUCUCCCUGAGAGUCCUUCCCGACAGAUCUCAGUUCUUUGAAUACGAGUCUCUCAUUGUGAGCUGCGAGGUUCAGGGGAACUCUGCUGGAUGGACGCAGAAGAGAUACACAUCGACUGGGAAGAUUUCAGCUUGCGGAACGGACUGGGGAAAACAACAAGGUUUUUCAUGCAUCGUUUCACUAAUCCUAUCAGACAGUGGAGUGUACUGGUGUGAGUCUGGGUCUGGAGUACACAGCAACACUGUCAACAUCACAGUACACGCUGGUGCUGUGAUCCUGGAGAGCCCUGCCCUUCAUGUGACUGAGGGACGUUCUGUGACUCUGCGCUGCCGACACAGAAAGGACAAGGAAAUGAAGGUAACUCCCUCUGACCUCACAGCUGAUUUCUACAAAGAUGGAUCCCUCGUCAGGACUGAGACUACGGGAGAGAUGACCAUCCCUGCAGUAUCCAAGUCAGAUGAAGGACUCUACAAGUGUUCCACCUCUGAAGGAGAAUCCCCGGAGAGACUGAUGACUCUGACAGUCCUCUCUCCUCUUCCAGUCUCUCUGAGCGUCCGUCCCAACAGAUCUCAGUUCUUUGAAUACGAGUCUCUCAUUGUGAGCUGUGAGGUUCAGGGGAACUCUGCUGGAUGGACACUGAAGAGAUACACAUCAACUGGGAAGAUUUCAGCUUGCGGAACGGACUGGGGAAAACAACAAGGUUUUUCAUGCAUCGUUUCACUAAUCCUAUCAGACAGUGGAGUGUACUGGUGUGAGUCUGGGUCUGGAGUACACAGCAACGCUGUCAACAUCACAGUACACGCUGGUGCUGUGAUCCUGGAGAGUCCUGUCCUUCCUGUGACUGAGGGACGUUCUGUGACUCUGCGCUGCCGACACAGAAAGGACAAGGAAAUGAAGGUAACUCCCUCUGACCUCACAGCUGAUUUCUACAAAGAUGGAUCCCUCGUCAGGACUGAGACUACGGGAGAGAUGACCAUCCCUGCAGUAUCCAAGUCAGAUGAAGGACUCUACAAGUGUUCCACCUCUGAAGGAGAAUCCCCGGAGAGACUGAUGACUCUGACAGUUCCAGCUUCAAUCCCAGACCCCUCUACAGUCCCAGUGUUGUCCGUGUCUCUGCCCAGGCUGCUGGGUAGUCUACUGGUGGUGUCUCCCUACCUGCUGGUGACCGUCGUACUGCUGCUGAAAUGCAACAGACGCAAGGGCUCAAGGUGAGCGUUUUUUUGAAGGAGAGCGAGGCUGGGCUAUCACCUGGUCACCGUGACAACACUGGUCACCGCGGUCACCUGGUCACCGUGACAACACUCAGAAUGGAACACCCGUCAUUCUAAUUCUGGAACCUGUGAUUUACACCCAAAACAUUUCUUUCUUCUACUGGUCCAUAAUAGUGGCAAUUUUAUUUUAAAAAUAAAAAAAUACGAUUUAUUAAUAACUGCUUUGAUAUA